UUUAACCUUCUUUAUAUUGAACACAAUAAAAAAAAAGGAUGCUUUCUAAUUUUUGGGGUAGAGAGCACUUUUCUUUGUUUCAUGUCUGUGCACGAUCAGAACCUGAGUCAUGUCUCCAAUUCCGACAUGAUGCUGUUUUAAAAUGCUGCUACUUGGAAAGAAUUCCUACAAAAUUCCUCUUACUGAUACUGAAGAUGAAAAGGAAGAAGAAAGUAGUGAAGAAGAGGAUGAAGAUAAGAGGCGCCUCAACGAUGAAUUGCUUGGCAAGGUUGUGAGUGUGACUUGUAAUGCAGAGAAGGCAGACUGGUACCCAGCUUUGGUUGUGUCGCCAAGCUGCAAUGACGACGUCACUGUGAAAAAGGACCAGUGUUUAGUUCGAUCCUUUGCAGAUUCCAAAUUGUAAGUGAUAGCUCAUUUUGAUUAGA